AUGAAAGCUAAAAGAGGUGCGGAGCGACGGGAAACCGAGAAUAAUCCUGGCCAAGACCAAGAUCCGCUCGAGAGACGAAGACUUCAGAAUCGAGUAUCACAAAGAAACCACCGUCGAAAAAUUCGAGAUCGUAUUGCGAAGCUCCAAGAGCGUGUCGUUGCCAAUGAACUCCGAGCGGCCGCGGUGUUAAACGGAUGGGAUCAGUUAUACUCUUCGCCGCCUGCUAUGAGUGAUAUCUGUACCUCUCACACACUGGGGGGCGCUGAGUGGUAUUCUGGUGAUGAUAUCCCGGCGUUUCUUGCUUCGAGCUCCCUAUCAUCGCCAGGCUUUGCAUGUGGAGGAUCAGAAAUAUGGCCGGUCUGGUCUGAUAUUACAUUUCAGCCGUCGCCUUCGGCAUCUGCAUCGGCAUCGAGUGACUCGAUAAGAUCUUGGAAGCCAGGCCCUCUACUAGAUGAACAAGCCCAUUGCGCGCUUGGAUCGGAAGAUGCAGCGCCUCUAAGCACAGACCAAUCCUUCGACAUGUGCAGCGGGAGCGCAGGAACACCAGAGGAACAAUUUUUCGAUCAUGCACAUUCCAAUCUAGGCGUCUCAACCUCCCACCGCCAGCCACUGGUUUACAACGUCAAUGGUGAGCUUUACUCGUUUUAUAACCCGCCCACGGCCGUUGACCAGAAAUCCAGCUCUGCCGAGGCUAAUUAA